UUGGGGCAGCUCGUAUAAGUAGGCUGCAUCCAGCUUGCGCGCUGUUGGAGACCCAGAGACGGCAAACCAUGGCUUCAUCUAUGUGGGGACUGGUUUGCGUCAUGGGCUUGCUGGCCUCGGGGAGUCUGGGAACGUCCCCGCAGCUUAGGCCAGAGCAAGGGCGGGUCCACCCAGCGAGGCCCCUCGUCCCGCGGGGGGCCCCGCGGGUCCCCGCGAGCGUCUAUCAGCGCAUCGAAGACAUGUCUGUGGAGCAAACCUCCGACGAGGCACCGAGCGCGGAGAGCGACGACACUGGCCGCGGCUUCCCGCGGAGCGCGCCGCCGCCCGGUGCCAACCACCUCCAGGCGCAGGAGCGACGCGGACCUGACAGCGCAGCCGGGGGCAGUAAUUCCAGGUUUCAUCGCAGUCAGCCUGCCCAUCACUGGGUGCCCAAGAAAAGCGAGCGGCCCUCACAGCUGCAACUCACUGCUGCACCAUUCACAUCCUGGCAGCCUGCUAAAGACUCCAGUGUGUUCCCUGCAUCCAUCAGAACUGCCGCAGCAACAAGAUCCAACUGCAGAAAUCGGCCUAUAGACCUGGUCUUUAUCAUAGACAGCUCCCGCAGUGUACGUCCUGCUGAGUUUGAGAAGGCCAAGGAGUUCCUGCGACACAUGGUGGAAACCUUGGAGAUCGGGUCCGAUGCCACACGAGUGGGCCUCGUCAAUUAUGCCAGUACAGUGAAAAUCGAGUUCCUGCUUAAGACAUAUUUUGACAAGUCUGCCCUAAAGCAGGCACUGGCCCGUGUUGUGCCCCUUGCAUCAGGCACUAUGACAGGCGUGGCCAUCAAGACUGCAAUGGAGAAAGCAUUCACUGCGGAGGCGGGGGCCAGAGCUAGUUCCACGGACAUCGCCAAAGUUGCUAUCAUAGUGACGGACGGGAGGCCCCAGGACAAGGUGGACGAUGUGUCAGCUGCAGCCCGUGCAUCUGGGAUUGAGAUCUACGCGGUGGGAGUAGACAGAGCUGAUAAGAUGUCCCUCCGCCUCAUGGCCAGCCAGCCACAUGAUGACCAUGUCUUCUAUGUGGAGACCUAUGGUGUUAUAGAGAAGCUCACUUCCAAGUUUAGGGAAACCUUGUGCGGUAAGGAUGAUGAUAACGGGAGUGCGGACACUCCAUUAAAUGGUGGAAUUGAUGAUUAUGGUCUAGGCCUAGAUGGCAGGACAGACGGUAAAGGAAUACAUAAUGAAAAUGGCGAUAAAGGAAACAAUGGUUUGGAUGUAUGUACCCAGGGACACAAUUGCCAGCACAUUUGUGUCAGCAGUGGCAAUUCAUUCAACUGCAAGUGUCGCUUCGGCUACGUCUUGAACCCGGACAAGAAAACAUGCUCACGUUCAGAUGCAUGUGCCGAUGGACAUGAUUGCCAGCACAUUUGUAUAAACAAUGAUGACUUGUACAUCUGCAAGUGCAGAUUGGGAUUUGUGUUGAAUCCAGAUAAGAAGACAUGCUCACGUUCAGAUGCAUGUGCCAAUGGACAUGACUGCCAGCAUACUUGUAUAAACAAUGAUGACUCGUACAUGUGCAAGUGUCGAGUGGGAUAUGUUCUCAAUCCAGAUAAGAAAACAUGCUCACGUUCAGAAACAUGUGCCCAGGGACAUGACUGCCAACAUAUUUGUGUCAGCUAUGAUGACUCGUACAUUUGCAAGUGUCGAAGUGGAUAUGUGUUGAAUGCAGACAAGAAAACAUGCUCACGUUCAGAUGCAUGUACCAAUGGACACGACUGCCAGCACAUUUGUGUCACCAAUGCUGACUCUUAUGUCUGCAAGUGUCGAGAGGGAUAUCAAUUGAAUACAGACCACAAAACAUGUUCAAGUUCAGAUACAUGUACCCAGGGACAUGACUGCCAACAUAUUUGUGUCAGCACUGAUGACUCGUACAGCUGCAAGUGUCGAAUGGGAUAUAUGUUGAAUGCGGAUAAGAAAACAUGCUCAAGUUCAGAUGCAUGUGCCAACGGACAUGAUUGCCAGCAUACUUGUAUAAACAAUGAUGACUCGUACAUGUGCAAGUGUCGAGUGGGAUAUGUUCUCAAUCCAGAUAAGAAAACAUGCUCACGUUCAGAAACAUGUGCCCAGGGACAUGACUGCCAACAUAUUUGUGUCAGCUAUGAUGACUCGUACAUUUGCAAGUGUCGAAGUGGAUAUGUGUUGAAUGCAGACAAGAAAACAUGCUCACGCUCAGACGCAUGCACCAAUGGACACGACUGCCAGCACAUUUGUGUCACCAAUGAUGACUCGUAUGUCUGCAAGUGUCGAGAGGGAUAUGUAUUGAAUGCAGACCAGAAAACAUGUUCACUUUUAGGUUUGGAUGCAUGUGCCCAGGGAGACGACUGCCAGCACAUAUGUAUCAACAAUGGGAACUCGUACAUUUGCAAAUGUCGAGUGGGAUAUAUCCUGAACCUGGAUAUGAAAACAUGCUUACGUGCGGAUGCAUGUGCUCAGGGGCAUAACUGCCAGCAGAUUUGUAUUAACAACGGUGAUUCCUACAAUUGCAAGUGUCGAGUGGGAUAUGUGUUGAAUGCAGACCAGAAAACGUGCUCACAGGAAAUGAGAAGUGAAAUAACUCAAGAUGCCUGCAUGUGUGAAGCUCAGAUUGUGUUCCAGAAAAAAGUACAGUCAGCCAUCCAGGAGCUGAGCAGAAAACUUGAUGAACUUUCCGACAAAGUGAAUCUGAUAGAAGAUGAUCAGCAUUAUUAAGAACAGUGAUACCAUCAGAAGACAUGUUAAGGACAAGCAAUGUAUUCCGUAACCCUCAAAAUCUAUCAAUCAGUCAUGUCUAUUAUGUAUAUGAGAUUGGGUAGAGACCUGCAUGGAAUUAAUGUCUCAUGUAGUAUAAAAGUUUUUUUUUUAAACAUAAACCUGUUUUUUUGCAUUCCCAACACUGUUUGUUAUUACUUAUAACUGGUGUGAACUUCUACAGACACCUGUGUAUUUGUAAAAGUAAGCCAUUAAUAAUAUAGUGAAUUGAUAGAAAUAGUUUCAGCAUUAAUAUUUUUAGAAUUUUUUUUACCACAUCUUUGUUGUGUAUUCACUGAUUUUACAGCAUUUCUUGGUCAGCUCUUGGUUCAACACAAAGACUCCAUCGAUAAUCAAAAUGCAACAAGUAAUCUCUUAUGCAACAAUAGUAUUGUUGCUAUCCCUCUGAUUGCAGCAUUAUUGCGGAAAAAGAAAAGACUCCUUUGUACUAUAAUCGUUUUCUUUAAACUGGAACUAUUUCAACACUUUCACUGCACAACUGUGACUGGCAACUACUGUUUUGUUUGUAGCAGGCUGGUUUUUCAGGGGAUAGGGAAAAAAUAGCAGUUUAGGGAGCUUUUCUUUUCUGGCAGCAGUCUUGGACGUUAGACACUAAUUUCAAUGCAAGUUUUGAAACAAGUAGAUUUUAAGUUAAGAAUAAUUUAGCUCCGUAACUAGUUGAAGAAUUUCACUGUACUGUAUUUUCCACUGUGUCAUGUCUGUAGAACACAUGAAAAAUGUGAUGGAGGACUAUGUGUUGGUGCUUAUUUGUAAGAAAAUAACUUUUCUGUAUUUUUUCUAUUGGGAAGUUUCACAAGGAAAAUAAACACUCUGAAACAAUA